CAGAAGCUCCAGGCCAUCCUGAAGCCCAUGAUGUUGCGGCGGUUGAAGGAGGAUGUGGAGAAGAACCUGGCGCCCAAGCAGGAGACCAUCAUCGAGGUGGAGCUGACCAACAUCCAGAAGAAAUACUACCGGGCCAUCCUGGAGAAGAACUUCUCCUUCCUGUCCAAGGGGGCGGGGCACACCAACAUGCCCAACCUGCUCAAUACCAUGAUGGAGCUCCGCAAGUGCUGUAACCACCCCUAUCUCAUCAACGGCGCGGAGGAGAAGAUCCUGGCUGAGUUCCGGGACUCCUGCCCGCACUACGUGCCCCAUGACCUGCACCUCCAGGCCAUGGUGCGCUCAGCCGGCAAGCUGGUGCUCAUUGACAAGCUGCUGCCUAAGCUCAAGGCGGGCGGCCACAAGGUGCUGAUCUUCUCACAGAUGGUGCGCUGCCUCGACAUCCUGGAGGACUACCUCAUCCAGAGGCGGUACCUGUACGAGCGGAUUGACGGACGGGUGCGGGGGAACCUGCGGCAGGCUGCUAUCGACCGCUUCAGCAAGCCUGACUCGGACCGCUUCGUCUUCCUGCUCUGCACCCGGGCGGGCGGCCUGGGCAUCAACCUCACGGCAGCCGACACCUGCAUCAUCUUCGACUCGGACUGGAACCCCCAGAAUGAUCUGCAGGCACAGGCGCGCUGCCACCGGAUCGGUCAGAGCAAGGCGGUGAAGGUCUAUCGCCUCAUCACCCGCAACUCCUAUGAGCGUGAGAUGUUCGACAAGGCCAGCCUCAAGCUGGGGCUGGACAAGGCCGUGCUGCAGUCCAUGAGCGGGCGCGAGGGCAGCAUCGCCGGGAUCCAGCAGUUCUCAAAGAAGGAGAUCGAGGACCUGCUGCGCAAGGGGGCCUAUGCUGCCAUCAUGGAGGAGGACGAUGAGGGCUCCAAGUUCUGCGAGGAGGAUAUUGACCAGAUCCUGCUGCGCCGUACGACCACUAUCACCAUUGAGAGUGAGGGAAAGGGCUCCACCUUCGCCAAGGCAAGCUUCGUGGCCUCGGAGAACCGCACAGAUAUCGCCCUGGACGACCCCAACUUCUGGCAGAAAUGGGCAAAGAAAGCAGACCUGGACCUGGACCUGCUCAACAGCAAGAAUAACCUGGUGAUUGACACGCCGCGCGUGCGGAAGCAGACCCGGCACUUCAGCACCCUGAAGGACGACGACUUGGUGGAAUUUUCGGACCUGGAGAGCGAGGAUGAAGAGCGGCCACGCUCCAGGCGUCAUGACCGCCACCACCCCCUGCACCACUCAUACGGGCGUACGGACUGCUUCCGCGUGGAGAAGCACCUGCUGGUCUACGGCUGGGGCCGCUGGCGAGAGAUCCUGUCCCACGGGCGAUUCAAGCGGCGCCUGUCGGAGCGGGACGUGGAGACAAUCUGCCGCGCCAUCCUGGUCUACUGCCUGCUGCACUACCGAGGCGACGAGAACAUCAAGGGUUUCAUCUGGGACCUGAUCAGCCCGGCUGAAAACGGCAAGGCCAAGGAGCUUCAGAACCACUCGGGCUUGUCAAUCCCCGUGCCCCGGGGGCGCAAGGGCAAGAAGGUGAAGUCCCAGAGCACAUUUGACGUUCACAAAGCCGAGUGGAUCCGCAAGUACAACCCCGACACGCUCUUCCAGGACGAGAGCUACAAGAAGCACCUCAAGCACCAGUGCAACAAGGUGCUGCUGCGAGUGCGGAUGCUGUACUACCUGCGCCAGGAGGUGAUUGGGGACCAGGCCAGCAAGGUGCUGGCUGGUGCUGGUGCAAGCGAGAUCGACAUCUGGUUCCCGCUGGUGGAGCAGCUGGAGGUGCCAACCGGCUGGUGGGAUGCUGAGGCCGACAAGUCCCUGCUCAUUGGAGUCUUCAAGCAUGGCUACGAGAAGUACAACACUAUGCGAGCUGACCCCGCUCUCUGCUUCCUGGAGAAGGCCGGGCGCCCCGAUGACAAGGCCAUCGCCGCAGAGCACCGCCUGGAUGUGGGAGAGGGGGCGGAGUUUGACAAAGACUGCGAGGACCCCGAAUACAAACCGUUGUCCGGGCCGGCCAAGGAGCAGGACGAUGAGGGUGAUCCCCUGAUGCUGCUGGACGAGGAGAUCUCGGUGGUGGAUGGGGAUGAAGGCCAGCCGGCCCAGCCCGGGCACCUGUUCUGGCCGCCGGGCUCAGUGCUCACGGCCCGCCUGCGGCGCCUCAUCACCGCCUGCCAGCGCAGCUACAAGCAGGAGCAGCUGAAGAUGGAAGCCGCAGAGCGGGGGGACCGGCGGCGCCGGCGCUGCGAGGCAGCUUGCAAGCUCAAGGAGAUGGUGCGCCGGGAGAAGCAGCAGCGGUGGACGCGUCGGGAGCAGUCGGAUUUCUACCGCGUGGUGUCCAGUUUCGGGGUGGAGUACGACCCUGACACGCUGCGCUUCCACUGGGGCCGCUUCCGGGCGCUGGCCCGGCUCGACCGCAAGACAGACGAAAGCCUCACCAAGUAUUUCCAUGGGUUUGUGGCCAUGUGCCGGCAGGUGUGCCGGCUGCCCCCAGCCGCCAGCGACGAGUCCCCGGACCCCACGCUGUUCAUCGAGCCCAUCUCGGAGGAGCGGGCCUCCAGGACACUGUACCGCGUGGACCUGUUGCGCCGGCUGCGGGAACAGGUCCUGUGCCACCCGCUGCUGCAGGAGCGCCUGGCCCUGUGCCAGCCACCGGGCCCUGAGCUGCCCACCUGGUGGGAGUGCGGGCGGCAUGACAGGGAGCUGCUGCAGGGGGCAGCACGCCAUGGGCUGAGCCAGACCGACACCACAAUCAUGCAGGACCCCGACUUCUCCUUUCUGGCCGCCCGCCUCAGCUACUUGCAUGGCCGGGCUGGGACGCCUCAACCCCCUGCAGGGGGUGCUGGAGCAGCCACAGCCUCCCCCCUGCCCCCCACGCCCGAGCUGCCAGCCCCGCUGCUGCCUGUGCUUCUCCCCAAGCCUGACUCAGCUGAUGACUCGGACUCGGAGCUCGACCUGGGGAAGCUCUCGCCCUCCACAUCCGGGUCAUCGUCGUCCUGCUCAGAGGACAGCGAUGAUGAGAGGGGCACCAUGCCAUGCGGGGGGAAGCUGUCCGAGGAGGAGUCCCUGCUCUCCCUGCCCACUUCCCAGGAGGGUGACUCUCCCCAGCCCACUGCCCCGGAGCUGCUGCUGCAGGAGCGGCAGCGUGCCCACGAGUGGCCCAAGGACCGGGUGCUCAUUAACCGCAUCGACCUGGUGUGCCAGGCUGUGCUGUCGGGGAAGUGGCCCUCAAGUCAGCGCAGCCAGGAGCUCUGCGGUGGCCAUGGGGGAGACCUUGCCCCCCGGCUGCCAGGUGACUACGCCAGCUCGCCUGCUCCCCAUGCCUGCCCCCAGGAUGAAGCGCCAGCCCUGUACACCCGGCUCCGGCACAGCCCCGAGGAGAAGGAGUUCACUGUGCAGAUCAAGGACGAGGAGGGGAUCAAGCUGACGUUCCAGAAGCAUAAGCUGAUCCCCAAUGGCGCUCUACAUGAGCGGCACCCGCACUCGCUAGGCCACAAGAAGAGCAGCAAGAAGCUGGUGGAGCUGGAGCUGCAGUGCUUGGAAGGGCUGCGGGGCCCUGACAUCGACCUGGAGGCGCGGAUCCCGGUGGUGCACAAGGCGAAUGGGACAUUGCUGGUGGGGGAGGCGGCCCCACGCCGAGCUGAUCUGGAGGCCUGGCUACAUGCACACCCUGACUUUGCCAUUGACCCCCGCUUCCUGGCUUACAUGGAAGAUCGGCGCAAGCAGCACAAGUGGCACCGGUGUAAAAAGACAGGCACAGUAGAGCUGAGCUGCCUGCCGGGGUUGGAGCAGGGCCCUGGGGCCAGUGGCUCCCACAACGGCAAGAAGGGCUUCAUGACUGACCCUGUGAUGAGCCGGCUGUUGCCAGGGCCAUUGGAAUCCGAGGGGGGCCUGAAACAGCUACGGGGUCGGCGGGCUGGUGUGGAGCUGUCCAAGAUGGUAUCCCUGAUGGGUGGGGCUGGGCGGAGCCAGCUGGGGGCUAUGGGGCCCCUGUCUUUACACAGUCCCUUCCAGCCUGGACCAGCCCCUGGCUCUUCCCUGCCCUAUAUGCCCUUCCCUACAGCCUCUUCCUCUGGAUCCCUGCUGCACCCAGGGUUGGGCCAUGGCAGCUAUCCCCCAGGCCCGCAUGUGCACCUGGGCUCCCUGGGGCACCCGCAGCCUGACGAGGAAGAGGAGGAUGAGGAGGAUGAGAUAGAUGACUUAUCUCAGGGCUAUGCCAGUUCAGAACAGGACUUCUCCCUGCUCGAUGACCCCAUGAUGCCAGCCAACUCGGACUCCAGUGAUGGUGCUAAUGACGGGGGCGACUGAGCUGAACAGCUGGAAGAGGGGACUGGAACUUACUGACUGUGUGGGGGAUGGCUGGAGCGACCCUAGGGUGGGCCCUCAGCAUCCAUCAAACAAUCCUCUUCCUGUGCUGGGGCUCAGGGUACAGAGUGGGGGGACUCUGCCCUGGCCUGGGAUGAUGGGAAUGGGCACAGACCCUGUCCUGGGGCAGGGGAGCCUCCCGGGGCUAGAUGUAUGUGGGCUUGGCCAGUAAAACUGCACCCCAGUAUGAGGCCCCAGCUAGGGUCACCUCCCAACCUGUGGCAUUAUCGGCCAGUGUGCAUCCCUGCUCCUUACUUGGCCUUCAAGGGGUGGCAGCCCCUAUCCUCAGCCCCAGCCGUGCAGGGCUCAAUGCUGUAUUGUAUGGGGGGGAGGGGGGCUAUAUUUAUAUAAAUAUGUAAUAUGUCUUGUGUAAUAUGG